GUCAAAAGGCCGUCGAACGCUGCUAAAGAAGCAGGUAGGUCUGGCCAAUGACAGUUGCUUGACAUGCUGCCAAUCGUUCUGUGAUCUCUUGAGUACCGUGAUCAAUGGGUCCGCGACAGAGCAUUUACCUAAAUAGGUGUGCGAACAGCCGAGGUCGGCCUAUUCGGCGGAGCUUCCCCAUUGCCAGAAGUUACCGAGCCCCACGAGCGUCUUUGUCGACGACUCGAGGAAACGCACCCUCACGCAUAGCUUACUUGUAGCUUGUUCUGCUGCUAGUGACUGUGUCGUAUGAUUAUGGCCUACAAGGAAACGACGCCUGGCUCCCUGAAGCGCAAGAGGGCGUCCAGGAGGAGGGCAGACAAACCACCCAUCUCUGGCCAUGCUCACCUCGACACCAAGCUCAAAGGAGAGGUGGCUCUACUCUCUCACGACCUCGUCGACGACUUGUUUCCGACUUCUUCCGCCGAACAUGGAGACAUCUAUCACAUAGCCGUCAGUCCCUGGGCUCCAUCUUCCCAACUUGGCAACCCAGCUACCCAAUGGGUCAUUAUCCCGUGCAGACGACUCCCUCGAGGCCAUCCCGAACUGCCACACUCUUCUGUGAGGAUCUCAAUCUUCUCGCAAGUCGCCCAAGCUUUGCAGCGAGCUCUGCAUACUCAGUCGCCCAAUCGCUCCCUCCGCCCUGCUUCGACCCUCGACAUCUGUAUGACCGACGUUGUCGCACUUCCUCUGCAAGUCAUCUAUGUUUCGUUGGACUUGGCAGCUUUAGAAACUGCCAAUGGGGCUCAGAAAAAGAUCAGUAAUGGUGCUCUGCGCGUGACAAAGGGCAGGAAAGACAGACAAUCGGACCCGCCGACAGCAGUCGGCAUCGACUUAGCGACUCGUGAUGUGCGAGACGCUCUAGACGCUGCACGUGUUGUGAGAGCUGGCGAUCUUUUGCCUCUUACUUCAGCACGUCUUCAAGGUCAAGCGCAGACUUCUCCUGCCUUAGUCACUGCUUGUGAGCCUGUUUCUCAAGGCCUUGUGACCUCAGCAACACAAAUAGUUGUUGUCUCGCAAAGUGAGCGCCGUACCAAGGCGGGUCGCUCUGUUACCUUCUCGCAGACUGAUGAAGAUACGGCAAGCGAGGCAUUCUACACUGCCGCUGAAGAUCGCGCACCCUUGUCUGCGAACUCCCCACCGAGCGACACUGGCCUGGAAUCAGACUUGACCUCUGACGACGCCGAAUCUGAUUUGGGUGAUCUUUCGGACGAUCCAGACGAUCUGAUUUCUUUAAAUGCACCUUCCAUCGGAUCACAGCCUUCGGGAAUGCUUUCUGCCAGGUCGACUGCGACCCCCAGGCUCUUCGGAAAUCUUCGCGGCAUCAAUACCCCAGGCUCUGUCUUCUCGUCAAUGACCUCCACAACAACGAGAGGAGCUCAAGGAGGGCGAGCUAAGACUUUCAAGACUCAGGGACUUCUCGAACGUAUUCCGGAUGAUUUCCUUUAUCCAAAACCAGGCUCUAGAUACGACGAAGAAGCUCGAGUCUAUGUCGAUACAAGCGCCCUGGCGAAACUCGGCUGCUUUUCCGGCGAUUGGAUUCAGCUGCAAGUAGCAGAAGAUCCUGCUGGUGCAAACUCCUUGAUGGCAUUUUUCCGCGAUCAAGAGAUUGAUGAGGACGCUGUUUGGAGACCACUGAGAAUCUAUGGUCUACCAGAGAGCCUGUCGACUAAGGCACAAAAGUAUCCCUUAAGCAAGAAAUCAGGUCGACGCGAAAGCAUCUCUUCCUCUCAUCCAGCCCCUGUCACUUCCGCAACUCUCUACUUGUCGCCCGUCCUAUUAGCCAACCUCGGGGAUCCUAGUCAUGUGCGUGUAUCGUCUUUACGAAUCACUGACAACUCCAAUUUUCUGCGUCCCGGUCAGCCUAAGUCAAGGCUACAAGGCUCAUCUCUGCCACCUACAGCCAAGGAAGUGACAUUGUCAAGGCUAUCGACCCCCCUGUCAGAGGAAAAGUCGGUUCAACCAAGUCUGUUCGCUCGGCUACAGGAUUACUUCAAACAGAAGCAACGCGUUGUAAAAUCUGGUGAUCUUAUCGCUAUCCCGAUCGAUGAAGCCCUAGGAAAAGCGGUCUUCCACGGAGGUGCAGCAGACGAGACGAACGACAUAUUAACUCAUCUCGAAUCGUCUCCCAGCAACAACUGCACGAGAGGCUCAUCGCACGGUCUAGCGGUCGCAUGGUUUCAGAUUGGUGAUGUGACUUCACCGCUGACAAAUGACGCCCAAGAUCCUGAAGAAGCUGGACUCUGGGGAGGAGUUGUUACUAUUGAUCCCACGGAAACCAGGAUGAGUCAGUCAGGGGCUUUACAAAGAAAACUGCCACCUACGAUGAACAAUUCGUGGGAGUUUUACCAUGGCAUCAGGAAGGUACCGAAGGCAGCUGCGAAUAGUAACUCCCAGAUUCGGACACCAAACAAGGAGCAUGUGUCUGUCUUGCAGCGCCGCAUCCGUGAACUAAUGGCGGCUGCCAUGAGUCCUCGCGCCGUCCAUCUUAAGCUUCCUCCACUUGCUAUUCUCCUAACAUCCACGCAGAGAAACAUUGGCAAAGCGUACACAGUCUCCCGUGCUUGUCAUGAUCUAGGAACUCAUGUUUUCUCAAUCGAUGCCUAUGAGCUGGUUUCGGAAGGGACUACAGGAGGUGGCGACACCAAGACAGAGGGUUUCUUGAGGGCCAGGGCUGAACGAGGCUUGCAUUGUGGCGCGCAACACACAUCACUCUUGAUUCGUCAUCUUGAGGCUCUCAAUUCAGAUCGUAUGGCUGGAACUCUAAAAGACAUCCUAGCUGAUUGUCGUGUUUUGAUCGCAACCUCGACAGAGGUGGACAAGAUUCCCGAUGCUAUUCGUGGUAUAUUCACGCAUGAACUUGAGAUGACCGCUCCUGACGAAGCGGAAAGAGAGGGCAUCCUUCAAUCGAUCAUUUCAAACUCUGGCCUUGUGGUUUCUCUCUCAGUCGACUUGAGCUCUGUAGCAGUCAAAACCGCUGCUCUGGUCGCUGGUGACCUUGUUGAUGUUGCGGAAAGAGCUGUGCUUAAUCAGGCUACGCGCCUUGAGUCUUUAGCGGCGGCGGCUUCUGUGUCUCCCAAUACAGUCAUCUCUGUCAGGGAUCUUCAGCUAGCUGGUGGUGAUUCGGCCAUAUCUCUCACAUCUGCAGACUUCGAGAAGGCUGUCGACGACGCUAGAAAGAACUUUGCAGACUCUAUAGGUGCGCCGAAGAUCCCUAAUGUACAGUGGUCAGAUGUUGGAGGUCUAGCCAAUGUCAAAGAAGCUGUCAUUGAGACUAUUCAGCUGCCACUUUCGCGUCCAGAGCUAUUUGCCAAAGGUUUGAAGAAGCGAAGUGGUAUCCUUUUCUACGGCCCACCGGGAACUGGAAAGACAUUGCUAGCGAAGGCUAUCGCAACAGAGUUCAGCCUCAACUUUUUCUCUGUCAAGGGACCAGAACUGCUCAACAUGUACAUUGGCGAGUCUGAGGCCAAUGUGAGACGUGUCUUUCAAAGAGCUAGAGAUGCGAGACCUUGUUGUGUAUUCUUCGACGAACUUGAUUCCGUGGCGCCGAAGCGUGGCAACCAGGGCGACAGCGGUGGUGUCAUGGAUCGUAUUGUCAGUCAGUUGCUUGCCGAAUUGGACGGUAUGAGUGACGGAGACGAAGGUGGCGGUGGUGUCUUCGUCAUUGGUGCGACGAACAGACCAGACUUGCUUGAUCAAGCACUACUACGCCCGGGCCGCUUCGAUAAGAUGUUGUACCUGGGUAUCAGUGAUACUCAUGAGAAACAACAAAGGAUCCUAGAGGCGCUUUCGAGGAAAUUCACACUCGAUCCAGAUCUAGAUCUUGGUCGCGUUGCUGAAAAGCUUCCGUUCACGUACACGGGUGCCGAUCUAUACGCUCUCUGCUCUGAUGCUAUGCUCAAAGCGAUCACGCGAUCAGCUCGCCUUGUGGAUGACAAAGUAGCUGAGAUCAAUGGCGAGCGGGCUGGUCAAUCUCCGCCUCAACCCCCAAUCUCUGUUGCUUACUUCUUCGAUCACUUUGCCACGGAUGCUGAUACUAGCGUUAUAGUGGCCGAAGAAGACUUCAUGGCAGCAGAACGCGAGCUGGUUCCUAGUGUGAGUGCUGAUGAGCUAGGCCACUACGAGCGCGUUCGUCGCGAGUUUGAGGGUGGCAAAGAGAAAGAUGAGACUCCCUCUCAACAAAUCAAUGGUACAGACGGCAACGCUGUUGCCAGGAGCCAGCUUGCACAGAUGUUACGUAUGCAGAUGCAGAGGGCAAACUCAGGAUCCGGUGGUGCCGCGAAUGACGAGCCACAAGGCGUCAUUCGAGAGGCCAAUGAUACCGUCGAUGAGGACUUCAUCAUCAGAACUAACCAUCUGUCAAUGAAUGGGACUGCAAAUGGCAAGGGCAAGGGUAAAGCAAGGGCUGAAUCUCCUGAUGGUGCGCGAUUUGGAGAUGCGGCUGGCGAUGAUGAGGAUAUGUAUGCAUGAUGAGGCAAGCGUUGAAAUCUACAAUAGCAUCAAACUGUUUUACGACAUGUUAGC